AUGCCGGUGGCCGACCAGGCCUUUGUCACACUGGCCACCAAUGACAUCUACUGCCAGGGAGCCCUGGUCCUGGGGCAGUCACUGAGGAACCACAGGGCAACGAGAAAACUGGUGGUGUUGAUUGCGCCUCAGGUGUCCAGCCAGCUCAGGGUCAUCCUCUCCAAAGUGUUUGAUGAGAUCAUUGAAGUGAACUUGAUAGACAGUGCUGACUACAUCCAUCUGGCCUUUCUAAAGAGACCUGAGCUGGGAGUCACUCUCACUAAGCUUCACUGUUGGACCCUUACUGAUUACAGCAAGUGUGUCUUCCUUGAUGCAGACACUCUGGUGCUGUCCAAUAUUGAUGAGUUGUUCGACAGGAGAGAACUUUCUGCAGCUCCUGAUCCUGGGUGGCCGGAUUGCUUCAACAGUGGGGUGUUUGUCUUCCAGCCCUCACUGGAAACACAUAGACACUUGCUACAGCACGCCACCGACCAUGGCAGCUUUGAUGGGGCCGACCAAGGCUUGUUGAAUAGUUUCUUCAGUGACUGGUCAACGGCGGACAUCCAGAAGCAUUUGCCGUUUACCUACAACCUGAGCAGUAACACCGCGUACACCUACGGCCCUGCCUUCAAACAAUUCGGUUCUAGUGCGAAGGUAGCCCACUUCUUGGGGUCCACAAAGCCUUGGAACUACAAGUUCAAUCCGCAGACUGGCUCAGUCAUGGAGCAGGGCUCGGCGCUGGGCAAUCAGCAGCCGGUGUCCUUUCUGACUCUCUGGUGGAAGAUCUUCCACAGCAGCGUGCUGCCUCUUUAUGAGAGUGUUCAAGCCGAGGAAAAACACGGGCCUCCAGUACACACAGUUUGCCUCAGUGGUGUUGGGGUACCGACUGCAGAUUCAGCACCUACUGCUGGAGAGACGUGUGAAGACUCAACCCCCAGUGCCCAGGUGCCGUAUGCAAAUUCAGCACUGGGGUCCGACCAGCUCUGGCCUGCUCAGGUUCCUCUGGAGCAGAUCACGAUAGUAGAUGAGACCCUGCCCUCACCUGAAGGAUGCCAUUGGGAAGAUGUGAUAGGUUGCCCUGAAAUUGAAACUUCUGCUGGAAUAAUGAGUGACCCACUGUCCCGGCCCUCACUUCCAUUCGUGGACAUCACAGAGACCCCCACCACUGCGCCACCAGCAAAUAAAGCCGAAAGUGGCCCGACUGAGGAAACCUUGAAUCCACGUCAGGAGUCCCCUGUUGAGGUCGUGAGGGACCCUGGUCCUCAGGACACUUUGGAGGUUGACCUGGCCAUCUCUGUUUCCGAGAUUUCCAUUGAGGAAAAGAUUAAGGAACUAAGUCCCGAGGAAGAGCGGAGGAAGUGGGAAGAGGGAAGAAUAGAUUACAUGGGCAAAGACGCGUUUGCCCGCAUCCAGGAGAAGCUGGACCGGUUUCUGCAGUAAGCCGCACCGUGGUUUUGCAGUUGUGUGUGGUUAGACGAUGUUCUGUCGUGUGGUUCUGUUACUACGUGGAAACUUCCUCUAGUCCUUUCAGAGAGAAAUGCAGUUCAACUAUGUGCCUCUGUUUACAUACAGUUAACCAACUUGAGUGCCUCACAUAAAUAAUUCCAUGAUAAAAAUCCAGCUUGAAGCCCCCUGCUGCUGAUCCAAGCUACCAAUGCCUUCUGGGCUUUCCAGAAAGGUCAGUUUUUCUUCUAACCUUGUCAGCAGACCCUUGAUCAAUGCUACUUCUCAAUAGAGCUCUGAAAUGCCACCUGGUACAGGUGCUACGAGAUCUAUCCUGUAGAGGGUAAAACCUCACUGCGAAUUUUCUUCUGUCACCACCGUAAUAACACUAGUUUAUGUGUGCAGUGCCUCCGAGCCUUCCAGAAUGAAAAACCCAUUUCUUUAGGGCUAGGUAAAUGUUUAGAUAUUGUGAGUUUGACUCUCAUUGAAGUCUCUGUGAAGCGUUAUCUGAGAAACACCACAGCUGUUUUCUAUCUGCUUUAAAUCCAAACAAGAUAUCCCAGUGCUGUUGACAGAAACCUGAUUUGGGGCAUGCCAGGGAUAUUUGGAAGAAUGAUUUUAGCUGGCUUGGGGGGGAUGUCACCUCUUCUAAACUGAUUUAUUUACUGGUUUAAAACAAUGAAGGGUUUAUGCCAAAUGAUUUAUGUCAACAACUAGCUUACGACCACAGGAUCUAGAGAUGCUCUUUGCUUAAUGACAAAAUCAGUUUGCACUCAGUGACGCUUGACAUAUCUUUGCUUGGUCUCAGUCACUACCUCAGUUCUAAAUAACUUAUUCAAUCACUGUGCUCUUCAAAGCCAUUUCUACUCAGCUCUUUUGGGAGAAAUCUCAGUUUUAUGAGACGAGUCACUUUAUUCCACAAGAAAGCCUCAUCUUCAGGAAUAUCCUCAGUUUACGAACUGUGACAACGUGCUGUUAUCUCCCUGCAUGGCUGUUAGAAGACUUGAAGAAGUCUCUGUCUUCACAGAGUGUUUUAAUUCAGUUGAUGUGUUUGGAUGCUAUUUACGUCACCUGAAACAGUUGAACCCUUUGGUAAGGGUAAUUGGUGUCAACAUAUGGCAGUAUCUGAGGCAUUUGCUGUGCAAGGUGUGGAUUACUGUGGGCUUGUUUCUCUUAACAUCUGCAGGCUUGGUGGGCAGAAUACACGGGAUGUUUCAGGCGUUGAUUUAAAAUAGCCAUAGGGAUAUAGCCUUAGGUGAGUUGUGGUGAGAUAGUAACCAGCCAUGAGAGUGAUACGAUAUGUAUGUUCUGAACGGAGAAUGUCGGUGCUCUGUGCUGGGCGUUGAAGAACAGAAGCCUGAGCCUAACAAAUGGGACGGAGCACUCAGGUGAUGGAUGUUGGAGUCUGUUUGAGCUUCUCCGAAGAUGAGAAAUCAUGUUUGCAGGCAAUAGAUCGUUGGCUUAAGGUACAUAUGCUCAAUACGGAGUUCUGCUAUGCAUUCUGGUAUGUAUCAUCACAUUUGGAUGGACGUUAACACAUCUAAAUUAAAAUGUUUCAACAGCCA